UUGUCGCCUUCCUGUUUAGUGGUGGUCCCUGCCAGAUGAAGGCUCUCUAGCCAUGCCAUGGGGAAGCUUUGUGGCCUGCUGCUGCUGUUCAGAUUGCUCUGGCACUGCGAUGCCUAUACUCAGGCGGAAUCGAUCACUGGCGUUAUGGCCACAAUGUCGGAAUUGUCGAUCUUGUACAGCGCAGUGAGAAUUGCCAAUCUCAACUUUAUUCUCGAAGGAGUUGGGCCCUUUACCGUCUUCGCGCCCACGAAUGAUGCCUUCCGACUCUUGGGUCCUGGCAUCACGGCCACCUUGACCAAGCUGGAGAACACGGCUUAUUUGACGCAGGUCUUGCAGUACCAUGUUUGUUAUGGAGAUACGCCUAGCCAGCAGCUCUUGCAAGGGCAGGACUUGUCGACAUUUCAGGGUGACACUCUCUCAGUGACGUCGAUAACACCCUUCGUAGUGAAUGAUAUCCCCAUCUCUCGACAAGAUCUUUCUGCCGCAAAUGGCUUGAUUCACACUAUCCGGGAAGUGAUGAUGCCCCCCAAUUUUCAGCUUCCAGCUCCUACCAUGAGCCUCGUGGAACUGGUCAAGAGCGAGUCGUACCUCUCAAGCCUAGCACAGGCCAUAGAGCAAACUGGUCUGGAAUCUGCUCUUAGCGAAUCGCCCUUGACAGUCUUGAUGCCCACGAACGAAGCCUUUACUAAUCUGGGCAAUGGUAUCCUGGAGUCGCUGCUUUUGCCUCCGAACCUCGACAAGCUUCGGCAGGUUGUGCUGCACCAUGUGCUUGAUGGCAAUCAGGACACCACAAAAUUAGCAGCUGGAAAUACCAUGAUGACCAAAGCAGGAGGUCAAAUACUGAUCACGCAGACCAGUCCGCUCAAGGUAGAUUCUUUGUCUAUGGCCAUCAGUACCGAUGUGCCCGCGACAAAUGGUGUGCUUCACGUGGUCGACACAGUGAUAUUGCCAUCUGGAUUUGUCUAUCCGGACAAGAAUCUGCUACAACUCGUGGAGGGCAGUCCAUCCUUAUCCAUUUUUGCAGCUGCCAUCCGGGCAGCCGGUCUUGAAUCGACCUUGUCCGGAAGAUUUUCAGGCGAUUCUCGGUAUACAAUGUUUGCACCCACCAAUGAUGCAUUCGAAGCUCUCGGCAUCGGUGUUGCAAGCUCUUUGCUGAUGCCAGCGAAUGAGGUGAAGCUCCGUCAAGUUCUGCGGUAUCAUCUCCUUUCAGGUGCUUUCCAAAGCUUCGAGUUCACUGCCAAUGUGCCAGUGCAAACUUUGGAGCAGAGUUUGGUCAAGAUUGGUUCUGUACGGCCUCUUGUAGUAGAUAACGCCCGAGCACUGUCGACGGAUGUCCCCGCAACCAACGGCAUUAUACAUAUGCUUUCAGGUGUUCUCCUACCGGUUGGUUUUAGAUUUCCAGACAAGAACGUAAUGCAGCUGGCAGACAGCACAGACUCUUUGUCUACAUUCAACUCCUUGGUGCAACUGGCCGGAUUGACAGAGACGCUGGCCAACACUGGUCCCUACACCAUCUUCGCUCCAACCAAUGCAGCUUUUGCCUUAUUGGGGGAAGACACUUUGCAGGAGUUGCGGCAGAGCGACAAACGUGAACUGCUGCAGAUCUUGAAAUACCAUGUGAUCAAUGGGAAGAUCGACAGCACACGCUUAAGAUAUGGUAGAGACAUCGCCACCCUGGAGGGUUCCUUCAUUACGGUGAAGCCGUGGACGGAACUAGGAUGGCAAGGAAUUGCAUAUGAAUCGCUUCAACCCCCGGUCACCAUGAACAUGGAUGUGGAGGUCUCCACAGAGAAUGCUCUUGCGACGAAUGGCAUUGCGCACUUUGUGAACAAGGUACUUGUUCCUCCCGGUGUUGAACUUGGGACUCCAGCGGCAGCCAACUCUCCGGCCACCUUAGCCAGCUCUUGCGAGACCAGACAAGCUUUACUAGGCCUAGUUCUGCUUCUUUGGUACUGCCAAGCAUGAAAGCCUUUGGUCAUUGUUCAAAACAUUGGCCAUUUUUCGCUUUUGUUCCUAGGAGGCGCCUGAUUCUCUAGCAUUGUUC